AUGGCGCGCUUGGCGGCGCUGAUGCUGACACUGGCUGUUGUGGGCGCCUCAAGCACAACACCUCUGCUGGACCCGGAUAGCUUCGUGUCUGAGCGCAUCUUCAGUAGCCCCACCCUUGGCUGUGGGGCCGCAGACUACAUGCUCUCCGUGGGUUGGGCCAACAAGCAGUGCUACCAGGAUGGACCCAACAAGUAUCGCAGACUCUCCUUUGACGCGAGUGCUUGCUCCGCAGCGCAGAACGUGACCGUGGCGAUUGACGCUCCAUCGUGUGAUGCUGCCCAACCCGACUCGUCCUUGCCUAUGAACAAGUGCGUCCCAUCGGCGGCCACAAACACCUCGGUGCUCUUUCAAUGCAUGUGCAAUCUACCCGAUGCGUCCCAAAACUUUGGUCUUGUGCCAUUUAAAGGGCGCUGUGGCGAUGCCUCGAGCGUAAUGAUGGAAAACGCCCUGUUCCGUGAAAACGGCUUCUGCACACCCAACACCGACGGAUCAGAGGGCUCCACGCUCUACUUCCUAACUGACGCCUGUCAGGCGAAUCAGACGGUCGUGGCUGUGGUCUAUAGUGAUCGCCAUUGCAAGGGAACCCCGCUGUCCGUCCCAGCGGCCAUCAGCGUUGACUCUUGCUUCGAGUCCAAUGGAUACAUGGUAGGAGCAUAUUGUCCUUGCCGUGGUACCGACCUGGGCCCGGCUACGUUGGAUCUACGCACCUUUGCCAAUAGCGAAUGUAGUAGCCGUGAGCCGGGUCCCCACAUCCAAGCCCACUUGAACCAAUGCGUGGCCUUUGCCGGGCCCUCCGGGCUCCUCCUGUCCAUGCGCAUUAAAACCCCGGCAGGCGAUGUCUGCACUCCGCACGCCACCUACCAAGUGGACACAUUUAUGGAUGCCAACUGCACGACGCCGGCCUCCAGCAACCCGCUUAUUACACACACUUGCUCCAUAGUCCAGUGGGGCACGAUGCUGUUCUCCGGCAACGUCACCUGCCUUUAG